UCCGGCCGGUUCGUCGCUUGAGCUUUUUUAUUUCAAAAAACGGUUAAAGUCGCUCUCCUUUCCGUGCGCGCGCGUGCCAAUUCCUAGUGCGUGACUCACAUUUUCCUUCGUUUCUUUUAGCUUUUUUCCGCAUUCGGCAUUCCUGUUUUUAAUCCCGGUCACCUGUGCGGGGGUGUGUUCGUCCCUUCUCGUGAUCCAUAAAGGGAAAAACUGGUACGAGAUCGCGAUCGGAAGCGUGUUGUGCUUGUGGAUUCAAGUGGAUUCGAGGAUCCAAACGGCGUCGCACAAACCAAUUGCCAUCGGAAGCCAAAUACCAUUGGGUAGCAACUAUUUCUGCUCGAGAUUAGUGUCAAAUCCAGUUCAUAUUUCGAUACCCUAUGGAGCGGUCUUAGUGAACGAGUAUCGCUUCCGCCGCACAUCUCUCGACCCCACCCUUCCGUAUUGGGGCCGUGGAGAUCCCGAGUGUGUGAGGUGUAAUUUCGGUGUCAUCCCGCUGCUACCAGAAAGAAUGAAAAAUAGAUCCGCGCAAUCAAUCGGAGCAGCAGCAGCAGCAGCAGUAGCAGCACGGACAUCUGCAGUUCCAGUGGUGGUGUUGGCCGAGCUGAACGCCGCCGGUGGAAGAUGCUCUCAUGGCAUUUCGUAACGUGCGUGAUUGGAAUUUCCAUCGUCGGCCACGGGUGUUUCCUAACGAAAACGGCCACAACAAUAGCGAGAGCAAACGUAAUCCACAACGUUCUGGGCGUCCCAUCGACCUGCGUCCACCAGAACGUAGUGCGGCAGUGUCGACUAUCAUUCUCCUGCUGGCUGGAAGGAGGUCGGCAUGUUGCCGGAUGUGGCGAUAGCCGAUGGCUGUUCUCAUGCUGCGUCAAGGACAAUGAACUAUCUGCAGCCCCGUCAAUGAUCAAUCCCAAACUGGCAUUCGCUGCCCCACCGAUGCGACCGAUGGUGGCACCAAUCCCCGUAGCUCCAAUGAAACCCGUUCCCUAUGCAGCUGCAAAGAAAAGUAGUUUUCUCCGAAGGCGAUCCGAUCAGAUGGGAAAUAUGGAUUGUGGCAUCCCCAGAACACCGCAAAAUACCCUCCAGAAGCGAAUUAUCGGUGGUCGAACGGCCAACUUUGCGGAGUACCCAUGGCAAGCGCACAUCCGAAUAGCCGAGUACCAGUGCGGAGGUGUUCUCGUGUCCCGGAUGUUUAUAGCAACGGCGGCCCAUUGUAUCCAACAGGCGCGCCUCAAGGACAUCAUAAUCUAUUUGGGUGAACUGGACACUCAAAAUUCCGGCAAAAUAGCUGAACCGCUUCCGGCGGAGAAGCACCGUGCCGAGCUGAAAAUCGUUCACCCUAAGUUCCUCUUUCGAAUGACACAACCGGACCGGUACGAUUUGGCGCUGCUCAAACUAACCAGACCGGCUGGCUACAAAACGCAUAUUCUACCGAUUUGUCUGCCGGUGAGGCCGCUGGAGCUAACCGGUCGGAAAGGAAUCAUAGCUGGGUGGGGAAAAACGGAUGCCAACAUGGGUCAAACAGGGACCAAUAUCCUGAGGACGGCUGCGGUGCCCAUUAUUAGUACAAAGGAUUGCCUUCGGUGGCACAAUAGUAAGCACAUCAGUGUGGAGCUCUACAAUGAGAUGUUUUGUGCGGGUCACUCGGACGGUCAUCAGGAUGCUUGUUUAGGUGACUCCGGUGGUCCGCUGAUAAUCAACGAUCGGGGUCGGUUCACGCUGAUCGGCAUCACCAGUGCCGGGUUCGGGUGCGGUGUAGAUCACCAGCCGGGCAUCUACCACAACAUCCAGAAGACUGUCAAGUGGAUACAGAAUGUGAUUUUGAAUGCAAGCUAGAAGGGCGAGGCGUGUCGGGCAGAACCAGCGAAAAGGGGUGGUGCUGUAACGAAGUAAUCAACAGUAUUUUUUUUAGAAAAUUUGUGCGCCGCAACUCUAUAUUGCUACGUUAGCGGCAAGCGGAAUAUUUUACCUUUUAAAUAAAUCAAGCUAUGAAUGUGAUGAUCUAAACUACUGUGGAAUUUCAGUGACAAUUUUAUGCAGUACCUACUACUUUUAAAUGGGAAAAUACUCCAACUAUUACUAUUCGAUGGGUGAUAAUCUGUUUUUAUGGUACUUAAGAACUAUUUUACUUUUCUAUCUCUACUGCUAGAUACAUUUGAACAUGAUGUAAGCUUUUAGAACAUAAUGUACGGCCCACGUGAAGCCAAUAGUAGGGAACUAUUUAUUUAGAGCAGAACAAAUAAAUUAAAUUUUUUAAAUUUA